AUGUUGACGGCCUUAAAGGACUUCUACAAUGCGUCGCCGGUGAUUGUCCACCAGGGGGAGACUCUCUCGGAGGUUUAUCCAGAGAGACAGUUUAAACUUGCCGACCAGUUUGUCUCAGAGAAGGCCUCGGCAACCUUCAGUCUGGGCGUUUACAACGUCCACCCUUACAAAGACUCGGACUCCCUAAUCACGGUGGACCCUCUCUCCCUGUUGGCUCUAUUGUCAGUCUUGAAAAGAGAGAAAGGAAAACUUCCCCGCUUUUUGCCCAUGGAAAGCUCCGGGUCAGUUUCCAAUGCUGCCAAUAAGAGGUUCUCCUCUAUCGUGGUACUCUCUGCAAAUGCGUCCACAGAUAACCAGCUACCCUUACUUGUAGAGGAUACGAGGGACACCAUCAACAAGAAGAUCUUGAGGAAAGUUUACCAUACCGCUCUCAUAAAUUCGUUGAACUCCUCUCAUUUGAACGAUGCGGACAAAUUGUUACAUGACUAUCUGAACAAAUCGCUCUUUGAUCUGUACAACUUGUCCAUAAUUAGUCUCGACGACAAAACACUUCUGAACUACUACUCCCUACUGAGGUACAACUUUGUGGAUAAAUUACAGUCCUUCAAACCUUUGGUCACGAUAUUGGCAGCAGGUGUUAGGGCUCUUUUGCUGAAACGCAAUAACUUCCACUUGAGAAAUCCAAAUAUUGUCACAUACUUAUCUGCAACUUGGUCCUCCUCUGCUGCUGAACUAGCAUUUCACUCAGAAUGCGCCAAAAUUAAACUUAAUGCAAAAGAAGUAUUGAAAUUAAUCGGUGAAACCUUAGAUUCCCAGGACUAUUGGCUAGAAUCUUCACAGACUCCGUCAAUUAUUGACUACCAAAUAGCAAGUUACAUCUACUGCAUGCACCACUUUGCUGAUAAAGUACCGGACUUCAAGUCCGUUCUUAACGCUAAUGCCCACCUCAUCCCCUAUUCGGAAAAAAUAAUAUCCGCCUUUCUAUAG